AUGGGUAACUACGUUUCAGCUUGCAGCUUAGGGAUCUCCCCGAGAAUGAAAACCAACAAAGCAGCAAGAGUAAUUUUUCCGACGGGAGAAAUCCGGCAGUUUCAAGAUUCCGUCAAGGCAGCCGAGAUUAUGCUUGAUUGCCCCAAUUUCUUCCUAGUCAACUCCAGGUCGUUGAACAUCAACCGGCGGUUUUCGCCUCUCUCCGCUGACGAAGAUCUGGAAUCUGGAAACGUAUACAUCAUGUUUCCGAUGAGAAGAGUGAAUUUGAUGGUGACGCCGGCGGAUAUGGCGGUGUUUUGGAUGUCGGCUAAUAGUGCGCCGAAGCGGAUUUCAGGAAGGAUAUCUCCGGAAGCAAUAGUUGGUGGUGAUGCGAUGGUUAAUGAGGCUGAGCAGCCGAGGUUGGUGGUGGAGGUGUCGGAGUUUAGUCAUCGGUUAGCGGUUUGCCGAUCAAAGAAGCCGUUUCUUGAUACCAUUACGGAGGAGCCAGUUCGUUCUAAGUACCAAGUAGUGCAGAAGGUGUUGUUUUCUCAAAGGGUAGAAAACUAA